UGCGUGCGUGUGUGUCUGCAGUUCACUUUGUGACCGUUAGAGGGACAUCUUCUACAAACGUUUCCAUGGCAGUUACUGUUGUAAACAGAAGUUGUUUACUGUGCAAGACAAAACGCCCUCAGCAAUCCGUUUUUGAUUUUUGACAAUGGAGUCAAUAUGUCUUGAUAAAUCAGCUUUACAAGCAGUGGAUGACUACUGGGAGUACAGAAGGAUUGUGGGUGAAGAUGAUGGAGGAAAACUGUUCACUCAAGAGGAAUAUGAGGAGUACAAGAAGAAGGUGCUCCCUCAACGAGUGAAAAACAGGCUGUACGUGAGCUUUGGUGUACCAGGAGGUAUCGACUGCAAACUCAUCGGCCCUGAGACACAGUGCUUCUGUACACACAGGUACAAGCAACAUAAGACCGACUUUGAAGUGGUUCCCUCUGAGCGUCCCCUGGCCCUUCCAUGCCAGGUCAGGGGAUGUCAUUGUUCUGCCUACCAGUAUGUACCCCGGAUUGGGCCGAACUCUGUCCGCUGCGGGUGUAAACACUUUCCUCAGGAUCACAGUGAAGCUACUGGACAUUUGUGCAAAAAGUGCAGUUCCUGUUCUGGCUUCAAGAGCCCCUUCACCUGUGGGUGCGGCCAGCCCAGCUCUGCCCAUCAGACCCUGGUUGAGACAAAAGUAGAGAGGGAGGCCCGUGGUCGGCCCAUAGGCAGGGAUGUCCCUUAUGCUGCCAUGGGUGGGCUGACGGGGUUCAGCUCUUUGUUGGAUGGUUACCUCGCUUUGGAAGCCAGCAGCUCAGAUCAAGACAGAGAAGAUGGCUGCCAGCAGCAAUGCUCUGCAUCAACGAUCAAAGAAAAGUCAACUAAAGCAUCUGGCUCUAUUCACCGUAAGAGAGAGAGCAACAAACCUUGAAAUGCAACAUUCUUCUCAGAGUCCAGGUGUCAAUUUAAUACUGGACAUUUACAAUAUCAAAUAAAUCAUACACAUCUUC